AUGGUCGAGUGAGCUGUCUACUUUCUAGUUUUAAUCAGGAUACAUACUUUAAAAAAUUGAAGGUAAUCAUCGCAAGUUGUCUUGAUUUUCCUUCAAUCUGAAUUUCCAGCAAGAACCCCCCUUCCGGCCAUCCACGGGCAAGGCCCACUGCCAGUUGGGCUGGAGCCAUCCAGAUGAACAGCACAACAACAACAACAACCCACCACGAACCACUCCAACCAUCCACAACAACAACAACAACAGAAGGACACCCUCAGCAGCCCAUCAGCGCAGGAACAAGCACCCGGCUGGCCACGAUCCUCCCAUGGACCCAAUCAACUCUCGGCCACAUGCUGAUUCGGUGGGACUAAACACAAACUCACUUCCUUCUACUAGGUCCCAUUAUCAUCUCUCUCGUGAGGAAUGGAUCAAGGGCAUCGCCAACCGAUUCGUAUUCAGUCAGAUAUAUCUCUACCUGUAUCUUUCAAUGGCCAUCCUAUCUCUAACAACCGUGAUCCUUUCGUUACUCUCUGAAUGCCCCACCCUAUCCUUCUACAUCCUCGAGAUCAUCGUCAACUUGGCGAUGAUCUUGGAAGUCGUGAUCCGGCUAAUAGCGUUUGGAAAACAAUUCUGGAAGUCGCCGUUCAAUUGGUUGGAUCUGAUGAUCACUCUCUUCUGUCUAGUCACCGUCUUGGUCAUCUUCUCGCAGGGCUGCAAAGCCAAGAAAGAGGAAGUCUUUGACACGUUUCUGUUAGUGAUCCGGAACGGGAUCCAGUUCUUCAGACUAGCGCUCAUGCUACGAAGGAGUGGGAAGAACAUCUUCACGACCAUCCAACCGAUCGAUUUAGAAGGCGCGAUCCAACACACCGAUGCCCAUUCGUUCUUCCUAGACCUCGACGAAGAGGAAGAGUUCCUGCGAAGACCCAGCCAUUCAUCCCCUCGAAAUCAUAACAAUAACAAUAGCAAUAACAACAACAAGAACAAUCCAUUGGGCGCUGCAGAUUCUGCCGCAGUCCCUUUCCUGCAAAGCCGCUCUUCGCUCGAUGAUCAGGAUUAUUAAUUCUUAUGGGUCGGUUCUUUGGUGGCGCUCGGCUGAAUCUCUUAGGCUUCUCUCUGUUGUAUAUCUCCCAGUCCAUUCGCUUUCUUUCUUUCGCUUUCUUCGCACAUUCCACUUAUUUGUUGAUUCCCAUCUUACCUCAAAACAAAAGAAGAAACCCACACACCAAACUUUUUGUUUCCCUCUUACGUUACGUUUAAAUUUCUCCGUAGAAUAGCUUCAUUGUAUAUGACCUUUAUACACAUAUUCUUCACCUUGACUUGUCGAUUUUUCUUUUCUUUUUUUUUCGUGUGGGCUUAACAAGUUUAGAUUUCUUUUUUUCUUUUUACUCAUCUUUUUUUUAUUAUCGUAUAUAACAACAAUCAAUAUAAGGGAAUCAUAGAGAUAUUUGUUUUGGCCGCAUCUCAUGGUUUCUAUCAU